UCCGGGGAGAGCGGAUAUAGUGAAUGUGGGGUCCGGGGAGAGUGGAUAUAGUGAAUGUGGGGUCCUCCCGGGGGGAGAGCGGAUAUAGUAAAUGCGGGGUCCGGGGAGAGAGGAUAUAGUGAAUGCGGGGUCCGGGGGGGAGAGCGGAUAUAGUGAAGCGGGGUCUGGGGAGAGCGGAUAUAGUGAAUGCAGGAUCCGGGGGAGAGCGGAUAUAGUGAAUGCGGGGUCGGGGAGAGAGGAUAUAGUGAAUGCGGGGUCCGGGGAGACCGAUAUAGUGAAUGCGGGGUCCGGGGAGAGCGGAUUUAGUGAAUGCGGGGUCCGGGGAGAGCGGAUUUAGAUGAAUGCGGGGGUCCGGGGAGAGCGGAUAUAGUGAAUGCGGGGUCGGGGAGACCAAAUAUAGUGAAUGUGGGGUCCGGGGGAGAGCGAAUAUAGUGAAUGCGGGGUCCAGGGUUUAAUAACACAUUAAAUGAAGUGACUGGCCUCAGGUGAUAUUCAGAGAUGAA